CACCAGCUCAUUACUCUUAAACAGAGAUGCUAUAGAGCUCAGGAAAUUCAAAGACAAAAUUCUGAAGUUGGCUGCGCACUUGUUUCUCUGACGCAUAAAGGCUUUGCUGUGGGAAAUGGCAUUAGUAGCUUUGCACUAAAUGACCAAUCGCUAAUCUACUUUGGCAACUAUCAUGGCCUGUUUGGAGAACAGCUGUGGAAGGAUCUGAAUGACAACUGCUGUCAAAAUGGAGUCUGUAAUUUCUACAACAAUUCUAAAGAGUCCUGCUCUGUUGUGGUAUCGCAUGCGUUUAAUAUAGUCUAUAACUCUGGGUUGAAUACAUACGCGCUGUAUCUUGACUGUGCUGGUGGUGUCACAUCUCAGAGAGCCAUGAUGCAUCUGUUCAGAAACUUCAGGAAGCAUUGGGAAGCUAAUAAGUUAGUAGGAAGUACUCCAAAUGUUCAGGGAGUGCCUCCAUGCAUCAAUAGUACCGCUCAGAUAAACUGGCUUAAUCGAGGUGAUGUGAGGAAGGCGCUGCACAUUCCUGAUGUACUACCACCAUGGGACAUCUGCAGUGAUGUUGUGGGAAGCCAGUAUCACACCAUUUACGAAACUAUGAAGGAUGUCUAUGAGAAGCUGCUGGCUUUGGGUCUGAGAGCUUUGGUCUAUAAUGGAGAUACCGAUAUGGCUUGUAAUUUCCUUGGGGACCAGUGGUUUGUUGAGCAGCUUGGACAGAAGGCAAGCACUCAAUACCAACCCUGGAUUUAUGAUAACCAGAUUGCUGGAUUCUACCAGCAAUUUGGCAACAUCACUUUCCUCACAGUCAAGGGUGCAGGUCACAUGGUUCCUCAGUGGGCUCCUGGUCCAUCUCUCCAGAUGCUACAGAGUUUCCUGUCCAAUAAGCCUUAUUGAACUUCCUCCAGACCGUGUCCUGUCUUAAAGCACUAGAUCUGAUUUUUAGAAGUGGUCUUGAAUGGACUUCAAGAAAGUGUGAUUUUAAGGAAACUGUUGAAAUGUGACAUGAAGCUGCACAGUAAUUUUCUCAGGGACUGUUGGGUGUACGUGUGUUUGCAUAUGUAUGGGAAUUUUGAAAUGCUUUUUGUUUUUUAAUUGCUUGAAUCUUUUUAAACCAAUUUUUCAUUGAACACUAGGGGUGGUUUUCACAGUCAUGUUGAUCAUAACAAAAUCACGUUAUCCCAAUUAUAUAUAUAUAUAUAUUUUUCAACCGUAUUAGUGGAUAUCACAUGGUUUUAAAAUGCUUAUUUUGUCCUUAAAUCAUGGGUUACUGUUAAGGGAUCUGUUCAUUGAAUACGUGGUGAGAUGUACGGAGGACAAAUAUAUUUAUAGUCUUCAUUUUGUUCCUACCCUUGAUACACUCAACAUUGAAACAAAUUUAUACUGUUCUUAAUUAUUUGGAUCUAUGGUUAUAAAUAGUUUACAAUCCUAUCUGAUUGGCAAAUCCUCUAAGAAGGAUUAUAUGAAUGAGCAUAUAACACUCCGUUUGACCAAAGAUACUGGAAUCAGUAUAAACCAAGAAAUAAAAAAGCUGUUUUAGUGUGUUUUGUCUGUGUAUAUCUGUAUUCAUUAAGAUUAUGAUAUGACUAAUGAUUUGGCAACUGUUUAAACCACAACAGCAU